GCCCACCCUGAGGUGGCGGCUGCUCUUGCUUUGCCUGCGCCCCUGCUGCCGCUGUACCAAACACCGGCCUUAGCUUGGCGGCAUGCCCACCCUGAGGUGGCGGCUGCUCCUGCUUUGCCUGCGCCCCUGCUGCCGCCGUACCAAACACCGGCCUCGGCUUGGCGGCAUGCCCACCCUGAGGUGGCGGCUGCUCCUGCUUUGCCUGCGCCCCUGCUGCCGCCGUACCAAACACCGGCCUCGGCUUGGCGGCAUGCCCACCAUGAGGCUGCUCCUGCUUUGCCUGCGCCCCUGCUGCCGCUGUACCAAACGCCGGCCAGUGAUUCGCACCCGCGGUAUAUCGCCACCGCCCCGCUGC